CAACAAACAAAACUGACUUAACUGGAAGUACACAACCAUGUAAAUACUGAAGGAAUAUGCUGCUGCUUUGUUUACAAAGAGAGCAGCGUCUCUCAUUCGCCACUCUCUCCUCAUAAAGCCAAAGGAACAGUGAUCUGCUUUCCUUGACACUAUGCUCUCUUUCUUUAGAUUAUUCUUCUUCUGAGGGCACUAUGGCCGCUAGUGCUCGCCGGAAGCCGAUUUCGCGACGGAGAUCGUGGUGUUGCUCCUUCGCGGUACCUCCUUCGAGUCCGGAGCAAAGUACGAGCAGCAAAAACUUCAAUUACAAGCCUAAUUCGGUCUCCAAACAAGGGAGACCUAACUCGCUACCUACCUCUCCGCAGAGCUACAAAUCUGGGCUAAACUUCGUGGGCCGGAUCGACCCGCGCAGGAACCGGUCUCCCGGGCGUGUCUCUCCUAUCGACUCCGAUCCUACUGUAGAUUCCGUUCAAGAAAUGAUCCAAGACCCUCUUCCAGCUGUCGGUUCUGCUACCAAAUCGCGAUCCCACAGUUUCAGAGCCCCGCCAGAGAGUUCUUUCUCUUCUUCCGUUUCCGGUUCUGGGUCCCGCACGGAUUUUGAUGUGAGGUUGAAAUUGAAGGGAAAGAAUGGUGGGUCUCUGAUUCUGGAAUUGAAUUCAGAGAUUUUGAAGGCCAAUUCGGAGGUUUUUGCGGCCCUAAUUGCCGAGCACAAAAAGGGUUCCGAGAUGUGCAGAAUUGAGGUCCCGGAGGUGGAGAAUUUGGGGGUUUUUAGGGACGCAAUUGAAUUGAUGUUUGAAGAUGAUAUUCCCAGGAGGCUCAUGAAGAUGAGGGUUUAUAGAACUAUUGCGGUACUCGAGGUAUCUGCUGGAAUCAUGUUUAGAAAAGGCAUUUUGGCUUGUUUAAAAUACCUUGAGGCUGUUCCUUGGUCUGAAGAAGAAGAAGAAAACCUGAGGAUUCUGCUCACAAAGUUCAAGUUUGAUGAUGCAACAACUAGGGACAUUUUUGCACGGCUUUUCUUGCUUGAAUCCAAAGAUUCGGAACAAGAUCUUGCCAGACAACUUGUUUGGUCCAUCACCUCCUGUGCUGACACCAAUGCAAGGAAUGAGCUAAAGUCUUUAGUAAAGGGUAUCCUUUGCAAAAGCUCAGUCUAUGAAAAGGAUCAGCCCGACCUCAACAAAGAGGAUAUGUAUGUGGUUUGCCAGUCCUGUCUUGGUUCACUAGUCAGCCUUUUCGAGGAGGCCUCUGAUUCUACUCGUGAUGGGAGAGGGGCAAAAAAGAAGAUGGAUAAGCCUCUAAUUGAACGUAUCUCCAGACAGGUUGAUAACAUCAACUGGUUGUUGGAAAUUCUGCUUGAUUGGCAAAUGGCAGAGGAAUUUGUGAAUAUGUGGACUGAUCAAGCAGAGUUGCUAAACAUGUAUGACACUGCAUCUCCAAUGCUCCGAUAUGAGCUGAGCCGUGUUUCAGCCAAUAUAUUCAUUGCCAUAGGAACCAGGAAACUGCAUUGCCGGACAGAAGCUAGAUCAAGGCUUCUCCAGGCAUGGUUUGGCCCAAUGUUGUCAGAUUUUGGUUGGCUUCAGAGGUGCAAAAAAGGACUCGACAUGAAGGCUCUGGAAGAAGCUAUGGGUCAGACGUUACUGACACUUCCUUUGAAGCAGCAAUACAUGCUGUUUAUGGAAUGGUUUGGGUGUUUGUCCAAGCAUGGCACUGGAUGCCCGAAUCUCAGCAAAGCAUUCCAGACUUGGUGGCGCCGAUCAUUUCUAAGGGGCUCUGAAACUAAUGCCAUUGAAUCCAGGUAAAUAUGCACGCCUCUUUAAUUCCGUCUUUCGUCAGUCAGUCUGCGCUCGACUGCGUACAAUUGCAGAUGUGCAGGAGGUUGAGUACUGAAUGUUGAAACAUCUGCAAAGGAAAUAACGUAGAUCAUGUAGUAGAAUUGUUGUAACAGCUUAGUAAUGCAUUGAAUGACAAAACACAUUUUGACUGAGAUUACCUACUUUCUUUCUUCUGCUAUUAAUUCUUGUCCAUAUAUGUCAUUUGAGAAGCAAAUGGCAGAGAAGUUUGUUAGUGAAA